AAAAACUACAAUCUUAGCUUAAAAUUUAUGCAGUUUACCGCAUAAUAAUAUUGUGAAAAGAUGAACCAGCUAUGCAAAGUUUGCGGCGAACCGGCGGCUGGCUUUCAUUUUGGAGCAUUUACAUGCGAGGGCUGCAAGUCCUUUUUCGGCCGCACGUACAACAACAUUGCAGCGAUCGCCGGUUGCAAGCACAACGGCGAUUGUGUAAUCAACAAGAAGAAUCGAACGGCCUGCAAGGCAUGCCGGCUGCGCAAGUGCCUUCUGGUGGGCAUGUCGAAGAGUGGAUCUCGUUAUGGCCGACGCUCCAAUUGGUUCAAGAUACACUGUUUGCUGCAGGAGCAACAGGGCGGCGGAGGCGGCAUAAGCACAGGUGCGACUGGGCCCAGCGUCAGCAAUGCCAAUCUGGAUCAGCUGGCGCGGCUGCAGCAAGCGAGCAAUCAGGCGCGCCAAACGUACCAGGACAAAACGAAUCCCUGCAUCAAGUCGGCCACAGCAGCCACCUCCACGCCUACGAUCAGCUCGCUGCAGUCGGCUGGCGCAAAGGCGCCGGCAACGGCAUCGCCACCCCGUCCGUCGCCCAGCUUGCCCGGCUUUCUGCAAGCAGCCAAGUAUCUGAACGAGCAGCAGCAUCGUCAGCUGAAGCUCGAGUCCCGCCUCAGCAAUACACCCAGCGACUCAGGCGCCUCAUCCGCCGGUGAUCCCACAGACGAUGGCACCAGUGUGCUCAGCGCCACAACCAGCACAAUACGCAAGGCGCUGCGACCGGGCAGCUCCGCAUAUGCGGGCAGUUCCGAGGCAGAUAUAGCGGAGCAGCAACAGCGACGACACAGAGAGCUCCUCGAUAUCUUUCGCAGUCACUCGGAGCCGUUGUACAGCUCGUUCACGCCGUUCACUCUGCCGCCAGUCGGACUAAUGGGCAACUGCAACAUUCCGCCACUGCCCCUCUUCAAGGAGCAAUUCAAAUCGGAUCUGCUUUUUCCGUUCCCAACAGCCAGUCCGGCGGAGGACGAGGAUGAGGAGGAGCCCAUCGAUUUGUCGCUUCGAUCGCGAACGCAGGCUGCAAGUCCUGCGGCGAACAGUUCCAGUAUCAGUCCACCGCUCAGUGAGUCAGCCAGCCGCCUGCCAUCAUCCGCCACAUCCUCCACCACGUUCGUACGCAAAACCACGCCCCUCGAUCUGACGCUGGUGCGCUCGCAGACCCUCACAGGAUGAAUGGGUUGGGCCGAGUGUAUUUGAGUGAGUGA